UUGCUGGUUAGGUAGUAAACUUCUUGCUUCGGUGCUUUUAACAAUGUGCGAUGUUCGACUGUUACGUUUCCGUUCUUCUGUUGGAAGCACACUUGUGACAAAUUCUGUGCAGUGCUCGUCCGUGUUUCGUUCAUAGUGCGAGUGCCUUAAGUGAGUAAUCGUAGAAAUUCUUUUUUAAAUUGUGAUACUACGUUGUUGAACGGACCUUUACAAAAUUUUGUGCAAUACUGUGAUUCUUUUGUGUAAAUAAUUCUGUGUAAAAAAGGCGCUUAUCUAAUCAGUUGGUUGAUUCUUUUUUUGUGUGCUGUGGUGUGAAUAUAGUGGAUUUAGUUUAUCUAAGAGUUAGUGUUGCGCUAUAUUGUAACGUGUGCCAUGGAACGUAUAGGAUAAAAUGGGAAAGGGAGCCAGCAAGCUGAAGAAGAAAUCCAGUUUUCAGAAUUUAUCCUGGACCCGUUUCGGAUCGCUCCCUCUUCGAUCGAAGGCGCGCCUGGGGAAGCAGAAUGGGGUGGUGGCGGCCGCCAAGCACAAAGACAUCGCCGUGUGGCUGCGAGAACUGGACCUGGAAGAGUACCAGGAGGCGUUUAAGAAGUUCCAGGGCGUGGAGGAUUUACUCGAGUUCUCCGAAACGGAUAUUAAGGAUUUGGGGGUGAAGAAGUCAUCCCAUCGGGCCAGGAUUAUCAGCAGCCUUACGUGCCUCCGCGCCAAGUAUCAUGAAAACUUUUCGAGGCAACCUCCGACACGCCACAGUGUCGCUGUGGACAGUGGGAACAAAAUCAAGAGGGAAGACACGCUGUAA